UAAUGUUAUAGUUUUAAGUAGGGUCAGGGUAUUUUUGUGUGCCAGUGCGUCGUUAUUGUGUUGCAUGAGUGAUCCCAAUGGGGGCCUGGGUACGCGGGAUGAUGGACGCCGUACGCCGGCCAGCACCGAACAGUUAACAAAAUGCGAGAAGGAGCCAGACUGCGUGGCGAUAGGUAGCAGACUGCGCGGGCCGAUGGGCACCCGUCCGCCCGCGGCCUUCUGGCCGCAGCUGUGGGCCACCGUCGUCAGGAAUCUGCUGCUCAAGAAGCGGGACACUAGGAAGACCCUCGCUGAAGUUCUCGUUCCGUUAUACUCUCUGGGCGUGCUGAUAUUCCUCAAGAUGCUGAUGCCGAAUCCAAACUUUCCUGAAGUCAGUAAACCGGGUAGGCUACUGAGGAUCCACCACGAUGCCAUAUCCGAGAACCAUUCCGUCGCUGUGGUGGCCGAUUGGGAAAACGCUAAUGGAACACUGGGUUUUCUAGACGAUAUCAACUCAAUGCUCAUCGAGUCCAACCAACACCCAAUCAAUUGGAUCAAAUAUAACAACACGACUGAGCUAAACGACGCUUAUCACAAUGACGCAAAACAUUUUCCUCUCGCAGUUAUUUUCCAUACUGAUCCUGGUGCUUAUGGCGAACCACUCAGAUACACAAUACGCACGAAUCCCUCCCGCGACGGAGGAACGCCUUCCACACGAACUCUUACGACAUCACCAGCUAAAUGUCGAGAGAGGACUGGCUUCAAGGACUGGUCCUCGGACUGGUCGAGAGGGCAACUGAUACCUUUGUCGGAAAUGCACAGAGAAGACACAUGUCCUGUUCUCCAGUAUUACUACACAGGUUUUUUGGCGCUGCAGACUUUGAUUGAUUAUGUUAAAAUCAAAAUGGACACAGGGACACGUUUCUUCCCACCUCGAGUAGACUUACGACAAUUUCCCAAACGUCAGCACACAGGCGAUUGGCUGGUGAUAUUCAGAGUGAUCAUGCCAAUGUAUAUGGUGAUGACGCUCUCACAGUUCAUCACCUACCUCCUGAUGUUUGUGGUGGGGGAGAAGGAAAAGAAAAUACGGGAGGGGAUGAGGAUCAUGGGAUUGAAGGAUAGUGUUUACUGGGGAUCGUGGUUUUUGAUAUAUGCUGUUUUCGUUACAAUCCUCUCCCUUGUCAGUACUGUUUUACUCUUUACGUUAAAGGUUUUCCAACAUUCGUCUUACAUCUUGAUUUUCCUGUUGAUGCUUCUGUUUGGAUUUACAAUCAUAACCUUCGCGUUUAUGCUCACGCCUUUCUUCGACAAAGCUAGGACUGCUGGAAUCUUGGGUAGCUUCGCCGUGAACCUGAUGAGCGCUCUGUACUUCAUCCAGGUUUUUGUCUCCAACGCUGACUCUCUUGCCUUUUGGUUCGUCUCUCUUAUCAGUUCCAGUUGUUAUGCUCUUGCUAUGGACAAGGCACUAGUGUUAGACAUGGCGGGAGUGGGAGUGACCUGGGACAAUCUUUGGAGUGGACCGGGGGUGCCAUUUGGAGGCAGUCUUAUCAUGAUGGCAGUGGAUACAGUUCUUUAUGGCCUCGCUGCAUAUUGGCUGGAUGCUGUAGUACCUAGUGAGUACGGCAUCAAGCAGAAGCCGUGGUUCUGCUUGCUACCAUCAUUCUGGUUUGGAAGGCGAGCGCGCGUGUGCGAUCACCUUCACUCCAACGGAGACGUUAACAACAAGGACGUCGAACCCGUGCCCAAAGAAUUACAAGACAAAGAGGCGAUCAGGAUCGUAGGUCUGCAAAAGAGUUUCCGGCAUUGUCGGAGGCCAGAAGUGAAAGCUAUUGAUGGUAUCGACCUGAGUAUAUAUGAAGGACAGAUCACUGCAGUUCUUGGACAUAACGGCGCUGGGAAAUCUACCCUUUUUAAUAUCCUUACUGGUCUUACUGCUCCAACUGCAGGAACUGCUUAUGUAUAUGGUUUAGAUGUAAGAGAUCCAAACGACAUGCACGAGAUCCGUCAGAUGAUCGGCGUGUGUCCGCAGCAGGACGUCCUGUUCGACUUGCUCUCCGUAAAAGAACAUUUGCAGUUCUUUGCUGCUGUUAAGGGCAUACCACGACGAAGAAUACCUGAUGAAGUCCACAAGGCGAUGUCAGAAGUCGGACUCCUGGAGCAAGCGGCAAUGUUCUCGAAACACCUCUCUGGUGGACAAAAGAGGAAACUUAGUAUAGCUAUCGCGUUUAUAGGUGACCCAAAAAUAAUAAUCCUGGACGAGCCGACAGCGGGCGUGGACCCAGUAUCGCGGCGCCAGACGUGGCGCAUCCUGCAGCGCGCGCGCCGCGGCCGCGUGCUGCUGCUCACCACGCACUUCAUGGACGAGGCCGACAUCCUGGGUGACAGGAAGGCCGUCAUCAGCAAGGGACGGGUGCGGUGCGCUGGAACGUCAUUGUUUUUGAAAAACAAGUUUGGAAUAGGAUAUCAUUUAACGUUAGUUUUAGAUGGCGCGUGCCGCGAGCACCAGAUCACGCGGCUGGUGCGCGGGCACGUGCCGCGCGCGGAGAAGGCGCGGCGCCACGGCCGCGAGCUGUCCUACAUCCUGCCGCACUACGCCGUGCACCUGUUCCCGCCACUCUUCCACGCCAUCGAGCUCGAGAUACGCGACAAGACCAACCGCCUCGGUAUAACAAGCUACGGGGUAUCGAUGACAACGUUGGAGGAGGUGUUCCUCAGCUUGGAAGGAGAAAACGCGGAGGAGACGGAGGCGGUGGAGGGCGUGUCGUCGGUGAAACUAGUUCGCGCGCGCGCUCUAUCACGCAGUCUUUCGCUGCAGAGCAAGACCUUAAGCUACCAGGAAUUGAACGAUAAGGACCAACAAAACACAACAUCUCUGCCUACGCCGCCGGCAUCGCACGCGUUGCAUUCCACCACUCACGGCAUUGAGCAUGUUAAGGUAACACCAGAAGUCCCCGUAUCAGUGGACGUACUGGGUGAAACGGUGAAAACAAACCCGUCGUGUUGGAGAACAUUCUGCGCACUCGUGUACAUCCGUACCGUCAGGAUGAUACGGGACCCCUACAAGCUUUAUGUGAUGAUCUUCAUGCCCAUCAUUUCCUGUGCCCUAGGUCUCUACAUGAAAUCGCGUCAAAUCGUCUUUUUUCGUAUGCAGCCGCUCAAAUUGGAUCCUAACGCUUAUUUCAACAAAACACCAAUCGCAUUGUACAGUGAACAGGACAAUUUUAAAGAAAUCAUGGAUUUUAAAGAUUCAUUAGAAACACUAGGAGCUCAUCCCAUAGAUCAGUUUGAUGGAAACUUCUCGAGUCUCCUAGACAUGGAGAACUUUGGAGCGUUUAGUUUAAAUUACAGCCUAGUUCCCUUUGGGAAAAUCAUGGCCUACUACAAUAGCACUUAUACUCAUAGCUUGCCUAUUAUUAUAAACUUAUUGGACAAUAGCAUAUACAGGGUAUUAAUGUCGGCCUCCGAUCAGCUGGACAGUUUUAAACCCAUCGAGGUCCUGACCCAUCCGUUCCAGCAGACAGAACAGCAAGAAGAAUUCAAUUUGGGGAAUAUGGUCUGCGCCAUCUUUAUGGGGAUGAUCUUUGCUCUGGUCCCGGUGACUUUGGCUGUUGAUAUCGUGUAUGAUCGAGAGAUAAAAGCUAAGAACCAGUUACGCGUUAACGGCCUCUCGAUGAGCAUGUACUUCUUAACGUACUUCACUAUACUUAUCUUCAUCAUGAUCGUCACCAGCGCCGGGGUGUUGGUUCUCGUAAUCCUCAACGACAUACCGAGCCUCACAAACGGUUCCGCGAUCACGAUGCUCUCCGGCCUGCUGCUGCUGUACAGCCCUUCUGCCAUCUUGUUCAACACGUGUCUCUCCUACAUCUUCGAUAAGAUGGACUCCGCUCAGAGCAUCAUGCCCAACAUCACCACUUGGGUCGGCGUCAUCCCCUUCAUUCUUGUUGCUGUUUUAGAUACUUUUAAAUGGGGUAGCGACAUCGCCUUUUAUCUUCACUUAGUGUUCAGUUUUCUAGAUGUUAUGUACAUACCGUAUGCCAUCAUAUAUUAUGUUGAUAGGGUGUACGUGACGUGUAACCUGCGCGGCCUGUGCACGGUGCCGUCGCUGUCGAGCUACUUCACGGCGGAGGUGUGGGUGCUCAUCGUGGCCAUGCUGGUGCACGUGCCCGUGUGCGGCGCCGCGCUGCUGGCGGCCGACAGGCUCAAGUCCGGCGGGAGGAUAUGUCCCGGCGGUGCGCCACAGCGCGACGACGGCGAGGCGGAGGCGGGCGGAGAGGCGAGCGAGGACGACGACGUGCGCCGGGAGCGCCGCCGCGUCGCCGCGCUGCUGCACGCGCGCGACCGCGCCGCGCCCGCGCUGCUCGUGCACAACCUUCGCAAGGAGUACAAGCUACGCGGAGACCGCAGCAACGCAGCGUGCUGUGGAGGCGGUGAGGCGCUGCGGCGCGCUGCGCUGGCGAGGUUAUCGCUGGCCGUGCAGGGCGGGGAGGUGUUCGGCCUGCUGGGGCACAAUGGGGCCGGGAAGACCACCACCAUGAAGAUUAUCACGGCUGAGGAGCGCCUCACCUGUGGCACGGUAAUGCUUGGCGGUCAGAAUAUCGAGGAGGCGCAGUCCAGCGCGUUCCAGAUGCUCGGCUACUGUCCGCAACACGACGCGCUCUGGAAGAACGUCACCAUCCGCGAGCACAUCGAGUGCUAUGCAGCCAUUCGAGGGAUCAGCAAGGCAGAUACCCCCAGGAUAGUGGAGGCGUACCUGCAGGGGCUACAGAUCGCGGAGCACGCCGGCAAGAACGCGGAGGAGUGCUCGGGCGGCACGCGCCGCAAGCUGUCGUUCGCGCUGGCCAUGGUGGGCAGCCCGCGCGUCGUGCUGCUGGACGAGCCCUCCACCGGCAUGGACCCGCGCAGCAAGCGCUUCCUCUGGGACACCAUCCUGGCGAGCUUCCAGGGUAGAAAAGGUGCUAUUUUGACAACACAUUCCAUGGAAGAGGCUGACGCUUUAUGUUCUAGAGUCGGGAUUAUGGUGAAGGGAGGUUUGAGGUGUAUUGGGUCAACACAACACUUGAAGAAUUUGUACGGCGCAGGUUACACGCUAGAGAUGAAGAUAGGUCAACAAAAUCAGAAACCUACGAUGAUGGACUCAGAUAUAUCAUUGUCACCGUCCCCUCUACGAUCAGCGAACCAUUCGCCAUCACUGGGGGAGGCAGAUGAAGGUAAUGCCUAAUUAUUGCUUGUAGGGUCAGGAGACGGUUCACCUACAGUGGAAGGGGAUGUCGAGGGGGAGGGGGAGGGAGAAGGAGAGGGGGAGACUGUGGACGUUAGUAUACACACGCCGCUGGUAGGCAACACGCCAUCUGUACGUCUGCACCAUCAACGCACGGAGUCGAGCGGCGGCGCGCGCUCGGAGGCGGCGAUCGCGCUCGUGGCGCAGCUGUUCCCGGCCGCCGUGCUGGAGGAGAGCUUCGCGGAGCGCCUCGUGUUCUCCGUGCCGCAGCGCUCCGUCUCCAGCCUGGCCAGCUGCUUCCAGCAGAUCGAGGACGCGAAAGAAAAACUGAACAUCGUUGAAUAUAGCUUCAGUCAGACGACGCUAGAGCAGGUGUUCCUGAAAUUCGCACAAUCCGAGAACGUCGAAUCUUCAGACCAAGAACAUUAGGAAAACAUUGAUAGUGUAAGAUUAUGGUAAUAAAUACGGCGAUUCCUUGACGAUUUUUAAAUGUUAAAGCAUUUAUACGUAAAACAAUAAAAUUUUAUACUUAUCCAGGCCUAAUGUACGGCUAGUGUAAUUUAAACGAACUUAGCAAUAUUCCGCAAUGCUUUGCAACAUUAUUUGCAAGUGACGUAAUUCUGCAAAGUGAUUCAAUAAUUCCGCAAAGUAUUUUAAAAUAUUCCGCAAAGUGAUAUAAUCUAUAGAGCGGUUUAGAAAUUCGUAAAAAAAUCGUCAAGUGAAUUAAUCUAGAUUAGGUAUCAGGCUUUUUAAAAAAACUGUAAUAUAAAUAAUGAUACGCUUCAGGUAUUCGGUAGUUAAUUGUUUUAGUUUUCUGAGCUUUUGUAUUGAGAUUACGAUGAGAGAAUAAUAAUUAGGUGUAGUAUAAUGUUAGUGAUGGAGGCACAGUAUGAAGAUAUCAAUUUCACACCUAUUUAAGUGGGGUCAGUUAAGAAAUUGGCCUGACCUAAAUGACUUAAGGCCAUAUUUAUUAAAUCAUGUUAAAAUUCCGAUAUGUCAACAAAGUGCCUCCAUCUCACUUAUCAAUCACUCAAUGAUCAUUAUAUACUGGAUUACUAUGUGUAAUUUCUUUUUAUUAAAUUCACAACUUUAAUGAUUUUAUUUAAAAAAAUCCACUUCCAUAGUAAAUAUUAGAAAAAUACUAAGUUAAUAUUGAAGACUGAAUUAUAGCUAAUAUAUAAUAUAUUUUUUUUUAAAAACAAUAACUAUACUUAAUUUAAAAAAAAAUGAACUUCUAAAUAAAGUGUUAAACGUUAUUUUAAAAUUUCAUUAAGUGGUUGAAAAGUGUACUCCGACCAGCAUGUGUUGAUACUUUACAAAUUUUUAUAAUUUCAUAAUUUAUCAACUUUUAUAUACUGAGUAGGAUCGGUGGUGUAGCGUGGGGGGGGGGGGGGUGUCUGGGGGCAAACAAACUCACAGUGAUUUUUUUAAUUGACAAAAAAAAUCAAAUCACGUCUUGUAAUGAGUCUUUUAAAUUAAUUAGGUAAAAAAAAAUGAAUUGGUACGUAUUAUAUUGGUAGGUGGUAGGGGCAGCAAAUUUUCGGUGAGCCUCGGACGGGAAAAAACUACGCUACGUCGCUGUGUAGGAUCGAUUAUAUAAUUGCACUGUGGUGUUGGUGAUAUAUAUUUCAUAUGAUUUUUUUUUAAAUAAAUUACUCUAACAGAUAAACAUAACGUUCAAAUUACUAUGAUUAUUUUUAAGGAUUAAUAUACAAGACGCAACCAAAACAACAAAUUAAAGAUUUGCAUGACUUUCUUUAAAAUAAAAUGUCUUUUAUUCUUAAUAAUUUUAAAAAGACAAUAUGAUUAUCGGAAAAGUAUAAAAUAUUAUCUACAAAUAUUAUUUCUUGACUAGAAAGAAAAAGAAAAUGAGAUAUCUCAACAUACACAGUGCAAAUGUAAAUAAUAAAAUUGUAAUCAAACAUACAGUUUAUCAGUGCCUGAUAAAUUGUGAUUCGAAAUUACCGACCAGAAGCCUGUAGGCUUAUUAAAUAUUGAUAGACAAAUCCAUUUGAAGAUAUAUCUAAAAUUGUAUGAAAGAAUUAAAUACACUGUAUCGCCACAGAUUAUACUAAUUUUAUUUUAGAAAAUUAUGAAUUUACUUGAAUAAAGUUGCCCAAUUAUUUUAUUGCUUCUAAUUAAUAAAACCUGGUGAAUGCACGUUGAAUGAUUGUUAGAAUUUUACUUAAAGAUAUUUCAACAAAAA